GAGCAGCCCCGGGCGGGCUGGACUGGCCAGCGGGGACUCGGGCUGCGCUCUGUCCAUCCGUCCGUCCGUCCGUCUGUCUUGCGGGGCCUGUGGGCGGACACCCCUGACAGCAUGCAGGAUGCCGAGGAGCCCCAGGAAGUGGCCACAGAUGUCUUUAAUUCCAAAAACCUGGCCGUUCAGGCGCAGAAGAAGAUCCUGGGUAAAAUGGUGUCCAAAUCGAUCGCCACCACCUUGAUCGACGACACGAGCAGCGAGGUGCUGGACGAGUUGUACCGGGUGACCAAGGAGUACACGCAGAACAAGAAGGAGGCCGAGAAGAUCAUCAAGAACCUCAUCAAGACCGUCAUCAAGCUGGCUGUCCUCUACAGGAACAGUCAGUUCAACCAGGAGGAGCUGGCCCUCAUGGAGAAGUUUAAGAAGAAGGUCCAUCAGCUCGCCAUGACCGUGGUCAGCUUCCACCAGGUGGACUACACCUUUGACCGGAAUGUGCUGUCCCGGCUGCUGAAUGAAUGCCGAGAGCUGCUGCAUGACAUCAUCCAGCGUCACCUCACGGCCAAGUCUCACGGACGGGUUAAUAAUGUCUUUGAUCACUUCUCAGAUUGUGAUUUUUUGGCUGCCUUGUAUAAUCCCUUUGGAAAAUUUAAACCUCACUUACAGAAACUUUGUGACGGCAUCAACAAAAUGUUGGAUGAAGAGAACAUUUGAGCUUGGGCGCCUGGCCUGGGGGUGAAUGGGAUGCAUUUGAAGUUGGAGCACCGCUGACUCAUGAAGGGGAAAAGAGGACUCUAAAGACGACACUUGAGAAGGGCUUGGCCCCAUCCAACAGCCACACAUGAUGGUGGUCCUUUGGUGAGGUUUAUUUUAAAAAAACCAUAUUGCCAACCUUUCAGGUUUUUAAAGACUCUAAUGGGUGACAGGACAUAGAUAGGAAAGAUGUGGAGUUGGUAAUACAAACGUAGUUACAUAAAACAAAGUGCAUGUCUCCAAACUCUAGAACUUUUUUAAGAGCAAUUGUAUUGGUGGUACAUUGGAUAUUUCUGAUAUGUACAAAGGUGUGUGUUUUUUAUUCACUUUUAUUCCAUACUUUGUAUCUCUUUUUAAAUGCCAAGAGCUUCUUUUGCUGUCUUUGCUCCUUUUAAAGCAAUUCUGUAUUCAUGUGUACCCCUGAUUUUUUUUUUUUUUUUUUUUUUUUUUUUUUUUUUUUUUGGUUAAAGAGUAUGUCACUGACAUUCAGGAAUUAAAUCUGAGGCAAAAUGAACCUGAAGAACAUUACACAUCUGAAGUCAUGACUUUGGGAAUAAAGUAUAUUAGAUAUUAUGAAUAAUGUCCAAUGUUAGAAUAUGCUUAUGAAACUGAGGAUUGGCUUCUUUGUACCAAUAGUGAUAGUUAAAUUCUCAAAACUGUCAUGGCAUGCCAUCGCCUUGAAAUAUCUGCUCAGAGCUUAACCUCGAUGUCAUCUUCAACAUGUGCCGACAAAAUAGUCAUCAUUGACAUCCAUUUCACACGUAGGAGGAAACCUAGGUUGGACUUUGUUAUGAGACUGUGGAAGUCAAUACAGUAAGACAGACAGGAAGAAUUCAUUUUAGAAGUGAACCCAUCAAAAUAAUGGGGGGGGGGUAAGGGUCAAAAGGAAAGAGCAGAUAAUCUGCUUAAUAACCCAAGAGGGAGAUGAGUGCAUUUUAAUGUGUAACAAGGUCUGAAAAAUAAAAGAUUGUCAUUUUUUUAUUUAA